AUGCUGCCGCCAGAAAUUCUGGGGUUUAUCAUCGAGAAGCUGGACGAUGAAGUUGACGUCCGAGCCUGCACGCUCACCUGCCAACGCAUGCUUCCUCACGCGCGAACAUCAUUCUGGAGGAGGAUGACGCUCGUGAAGGACGAGCACGUACGGACGGUCCUCGAUAUGCUCGACCACAUUCCCGAAAUCGCUCGUUACAUUCGCAAACUGCACGUUCAUACCUACCUUUUCCAAUCCGGACCACCGACUGCGCCUCCCGUAGGGAAAGAUGGGACUACGCAAAAUCAUAUGCGUGAUCUGCUGCUCCAACUUACAUAUCUUGACGAGCUCGCUCUCGCCAGUUUGUCCAGGGGCACCAGCGAGCACGAAGCAAAGAUUCAUUCUACGAUCACCGAGUCUCAUCUCUACACGCUUUCUUCCAUCCUUUGCUCCCAGAAUGUAGGGGUCGUCAGUCUGACGGGCUGCAUCUUCGCGUCAUUGCAUGAUUUGAUGACCGCGCUUGGGAGCUUUCCCCGCCUCUCCGCGCUGAGGAUGGAUAACGUGACAUUAGAUCUGGACGCCCCAGAGGAUGACUCCGUGCCCGGUUCAACACUUAUCGACCUUCGCUCUCUGGACAUGAGACCCUGCCCCUGGAACCCCAAAGACCUGACACACCUUUUCUAUCGUUGUUUGGGGAGCAGACCAGCCCUUUCUAUGCAACGCCUUUUCAUCGACUAUAGCGUCGAAAGACAUUGGAACGCGCUACGUGGGUUACUCGACAACCUUCCUCAACUAGAGCACCUCGCGUUCUCCGCGCCUAUAUACCCAUCCAAACAGCCGAUGACGGAGCUCGUGAACCUAGGGCGAUGUGCACAGCUUCGAUCCCUUAGCUUGCGCGUGCCCAUCAACCUCAUGGUCCAACGCCCAAUCUGCGCGACGUGGGUCUCACAGUUGCUCGAUACCGCACAGAGCCCUUUGCUCGAACGCGUCACGAUCAGCGUCGAGUAUUGGAACGACUCCUGUUACUACCAAGUUCUGCUCUGGGACGACAUUGACGAUAUCCUGGCCGACUCGCGACGGUUCCCGCACCUCCAAGAGGUCACGAUAUUGCCUUGCACGCCGCAGAACGAUCCGGACCACAUAUCUACUCUGGUUGACUCGCAGACGGUGUUGCUACCCCUAAUAUCCGACAGAGGUAUCCUCCAUACCGUGCCGCAAUUGCGAGACGCCUUUUGA